GCCGCGAAGUUAAUAUCGUUUUAUCGUCGCCACACAGUUGAGUGAUGUGAUGGUGGUACUGUGACACGGCAACACAGAAAGAGUUGACCGAAUAAAGCGAAUCAAGUACGAUAAUAAUUGGGAACUAACCUCAUCCCUACUGAACUUACCUGUUCUUUUGUUUCCUCUUCAAUCAACGCACAAGGGAUUUCUUUUCGAGACCGACAUCUAGUGUACACGCAUCGUUUUGAGAAACCUGUGUGCACAUACAUUGAAUUGCGAAGUAGCCAACAAUGGCUACCAUAGAGUGCUGUGUUUCCUUGUCGAACGCGACGAAAGCCAAGCUGCAGGAUACCGGCAUUUUGUACCUUGCCGAUCUCACCCGUCUGCUGAACUGCGACGACGACUUGGGAGAGGAUGCACGGUCGACGCAGGUGCUAGCGAACUUGAAGAGACGUGUUACACAACGAUUGCUCCUUCAGGUGCGGGAGGCGGACACGUUGUCAAAGUUAGCUGACGAAAACGGCGCCGGCCCUGCAAGUGCGACGGCAAUGGACACGACAGCUGUAACUCCCAUCGACAGCGUUGCUUUCUUCACCGAGAAGGAAGUGGACGAGGUGGUGGAGGCGGUGCGUGAGGUGCGAGAAGAAAACGCGGAGUUUCUCAGAAGGCAUGAUAUAAACGGAAGCAGUUAUGUUAGCACAAUCUCCGCGGCUGUUGCCGGCUGCUCCUCUUCUUUAUCCAACAGCAGUGCUGAGAAGAGCAGCGUCACGCUCAAGGGAGCUGCGCGUAUUCCCGGCUGCCGCUCUCUGCGUGAGAUCCUCGCGGACGCGACGGAGCGGCAGUUACGCGGACAGGCGACUCACGCCACGACUUUCUCGCGUGCGCUGGACACGCUGCUGGGCGGCGGUGUCGCGGUGGGCGGCGUCAGCGAAGUCAGCGGACCGCCAGGCGUGGGAAAGACGCAGCUGCUGAUGCAACUCGCCGUCAGCUGUGCGAUGCCGGUCGACUUUGGCGGCCUGGGUGGCACCUGCGUCUUUGUAGACACCGAAGGCAGCUUUGUGGCGGAGCGCCUGGAGCAGAUGGCGACGGCCGCCGCCGCGCUCGUGGCGACGAUUCUCGCCAAAAGCAACCCACGACACGGCCCUCGCGACUCGGCGCGGCCUGGCGACGCCGGGGACAAUCAAUCAACACAUCCCCACCCCAAUCAUCGUUCACCGCUGUGUGAGGCGUUGACUCGGAAACGCACGAGAUCUGCUUCCCUCGGAACUGCUGCCCGUAAUACAGAUGAGUCAGAAGACAAGCCGCUGCUUCCGGUAGUAACGGAUGGUGAACCAACAGCAUCCACUUCACGAAGUGCGACGGCGAAAGCCGCUGCAAUGCGAAGGCCUCCCACCGCCCCUAACGACUUCACUGUCGCGUCGGUUCUUCAACGAGUUCGGUACGUGCGAGUGACGGAGCUGACCGAUUUCCUGGCCUUCCUCUACAGCUUACCGCUCUGGUUGAGCAGCGAGCAGUCCACCGUUCCGACGGCUGGAUCGCCCACCGCAACAGGAGGGGACAGUCCACUCCAAUGUGACGUAGGGGACGUCCCUGUUCGAAUGGUUCUAGUCGACUCCAUCGCCUUGCCAUUUCGAGCCGCCGACACCUUUGAAAAAAGCGCCUCUUCGUGUGAGGACACGUACGGUUCUACUUCGAGUGGACUCACCUCGCCCUUGUCGGGGGUAAAUGGUGCGUCGCACGGUGCGCUGUCGAAGCAGGGGCUGUGGCAGCGGUCGCGUCUGCUUUAUCAAUGCAGCACGACUCUGGAGGAGCUGGCUUCUUCCUACCAGCUGGCGGUGGUUGUCUCGAACCACAUGACCACAAAGCUGCUGAGGCCAACAACAAACAACGGACAGGCGUCGAGAGACGCGGAGAGCAACAACAGCUUUACCCGGCAAACUGUGCUAAUACCUGCCCUGGGGGACGCGUGGGGCCACGGCCUUUCCACCCGACUGCUGCUCACCUAUCAUCACUAUGACUUGCCAUCAUGUGCCUUCAUGUCAGGCACCACCGACACGCCACAAGAGGACGAUAAAGGGUGCCAAGAAGAUAUUGUGUACAGCACAGCGACUUCUAUUUUGCCUUCAACGGCGCCGUCGCUGGUGGAUCGAGUUGUGCAACACCGUGUUGCUCGUCUGCUCAAGGCUAGUGGGCGUCCUCGCUGCGAGACGUGUUUUCUCAUCACAUCGAAAGGUGUCCGCGACGUGCGAAAGGAUAUGGUGAGAAAGUGGGUUGCACCGCAGUCAUCAGCCACGAACUGA